AUGACUGGCGAGGAGGGAGGCUUCAUACGCCGGCGACCACGGCGCGCGGCUGCGCGGCGCUCAGCCGUACGCGAGGAGAUCAGCUCGGAAGAUGAGCCCCUUAGCGGGCAGGCGCGGACAGGCAGCGCUGCGUGGGAUCCAGUGGUGGUGGAGUCGAGCGACGGGGAGGAGCCGCUGGAGGAGGAGAGCGAGGAGGAUGAGCCGUUGGGCAAGCGGCGGCGCGCGAAGCCGCGGGGCGGGAAGCCUUCCGCCAAGAAGGUGCCUGCCAAGAAGGCGCGAGCACCGAACGUGAGCCGGUACGAUCGGAUGACGCAGCUGCUGUUCGAGCACCACCGUGAGCUGGCGGACGUGUUUCCUGCACUGCGUGAUGCGCCUGCGUACAAGCCGAUCCGCGCAGCGCAGCCGGCGGGGCUGACGGUUCCCCUACUGCCCUUUCAGCUGGAGGGGCUUCACUGGAUGGCACUGCAGGAGAACAACGAGCGGUAUCGGGGUGGUGUGCUGGCAGACGAAAUGGGAAUGGGCAAGACGGUACAGAUGAUUUCGCUGCUGCUGCAUGCGAAUAAGGGCCCGACGCUUGUGGUUGCCCCGACUGUGGCGCUCAUCCAGUGGAAAAACGAAAUCGACAAGUACACAGGCGGCGCUCUGCGGUCGCUGGUAUUCCACGGCCCGGGCCGUAGCGCUGUAAGCGAAGAACUGGCGGCUGCCGAUGUUGUGCUUACCACCUAUGCCGUGUUGGAAUCUGUGUACCGGAAGCAGACGCAGGGGUUCCGCCGAAAGGCUGGCGUCGUCCGCGAGCAGUCGCCUUUGCAUGCGGUAGACUUCUACCGGGUGGUGCUUGAUGAGGCGCACAACAUAAAGGACCGCAGUAGCGGUACCGCCCGCUCUGUUAACGCUUUGCGAGCAGUGCGGCGCUGGUGUUUGACUGGUACGCCGCUGCAGAACCGGAUCGGCGAAAUGUAUUCUCUAAUCCGGUUCCUCGAUAUUGAGCCAUUCACCCGCUACUUCUGUACCAAGUGCAGCUGCUCUGAGAAGACCUGGCGAUUCUCGGAUAAUUUACAUUGUGAUUCCUGUGACCAUGUAGGCAUGCAGCAUACGAACUUCUUCAAUCACUUCAUGCUGAAAAACAUACAGCGGCAUGGGAUGGAGGGGCCGGGCCUUGAAUCGUUCGAAAACAUCCAGCUUUUACUUCGGAACAUUAUGCUGCGACGGACAAAGGUUGAACGUGCCGAUGACUUAGGUUUGCCGCCGCGCAUCGUGACAGUACGGCGCGAUGUCUUCGAUGAGGAAGAACGUGAUCUAUACAGAUCCCUUUACAGUGACUCCAAGCGCCAAUAUAACACUUACGUGGAGAGUGGUGUUGUGCUGAAUAACUACGCAAAUAUCUUCACGCUGUUGACGCGGAUGAGGCAACUGGCUGAUCACCCCGAUCUAGUUCUGAAACGUUUGCCUGGGAAUGAGAUCGUCGGCGUGAUUGUAUGCCAGUUGUGUGUCGAUGAGGCAGAAGACGCCAUUGAAUCAAAGUGUCGCCAUAAGUUUUGCCGACUGUGCAUUCGUGAGUACAUCGACUCCUUUGUCGGGCGCUCGGCUGAUUUAACGUGCCCUGUAUGUCAUAUUGCAUUGAGUAUUGACCUUGCGCAACCCGCACUUGAAAUUGAUGAGGAAAUGUUUAAGAAACAAAGCAUUGUGAACCGUCUUGGUCUUCAGGGCAAUUGGCGCUCCUCUACGAAGAUUGAAGCUCUAUUGGAAGAGCUUUAUAAUUUACGGAGUAGCACGCGCACAAUAAAGUCAAUCGUGUUUUCACAGUUCACGUCCAUGUUAGAUCUCGUUGAAUGGCGGCUCAAGAGGGCUGGCUUUCAAACUGCCAAACUACAGGGUAGCAUGACUCCAACUCAGAGAGCAGAGACAAUCAAUUAUUUUAUGGACAACGUCCAUUGUGAAGUAUUUUUGGUAAGUUUAAAGGCUGGCGGUGUGGCCCUUAACCUAUGUGAAGCCUCGCAAGUAUUUAUUCUCGAUCCAUGGUGGAAUCCCAGUGUUGAAUGGCAGAGCGGUGAUAGAGUUCAUAGAAUUGGUCAACAUCGGCCUGUUAAGAUUACUCGUUUCUGUAUCGAAGACAGCAUUGAGUCGAGAAUUAUAGAGUUACAAGAAAAAAAGGCAAAUAUGAUUCAUGCCACUCUUGGUCAAGAUGAAGGUGCAGUCAACAGACUGACUCCCGCUGAUUUACAAUUCUUGUUUAAUAAUUAA